AUGGAGAAGCCUCGCAUCCUGGCUUUGGAGGCUCUACAGGCAGAUGUGUGCGAAGACAUCGAAACAGUGCCACGGAACACCGACAGAAGUGACCUCCCAGCCUUAUGUUAUCAGCUGACCGGCGGCACGACUGGAUCAUCAAAAUGUGUGCGUGUGUCACACGAGAUGGCACUGCACGAGUUCGCAACAUACGCAAAGGUUUUCAAAGACCUGAGUUCGCAGGAUCGUGUGUUGCAGCAUACUCCUGUAUUGUGGGCUGCCAGCGCCAUUGGCCAAAUCAAUAUUGCAGUCAGUGUUGGGGCUUCGAUAUGCAUUGCUGGCAUGGAUCAGGACUCCAUUUCAAGGCAUGGCGCGACUAUUUUGGGCACAGUCCCAUCUGCACUGCAAUCUAUCAACCCACAAGCUGUUCCAACUGUUCGUCACGUGUUUUGCUGGGGUGAGUCCAUGUCGCCCGUGCUGGCGGCACAAUGGAGAUCGGAGCAACGUCGUGUCAUUGAGCUUCUCAUCAGCACGGAGUACUGGCUGAGUGUGUAUAGUGAGGGCAAGAUAUCGCCAGAAGGCAGGCCAAUUUAUUCCUGCGUGCCUGGUGCUGAACUUGCAGUCCUUCAAGACGGCAAGCUCUGUACAGAAUGUGGUGCAACUGGACAGCUCUGCCUACGUGGACCAAUGGUCACUUCGAGGUAUGUGGGUGCACAUGCAGUUUCAACCGUAACGCCGCCAGAUGGUAGUGCAUCUUUCUUUAUGGCGCAGGAUGUCGUGACUAUCGUCAGCCCGAAUCCGUUGCACUUGGAGUUCAGAGGGCGCAGCGACAUGCUGGUCAAGGUCGGUGGCCAAUUCGUGGAUCUCGCCGAGGUGGAGUUGCGUCUCAAGGCGAAGAUGCUGCCGCCACCAGAGCAGACGGUAAGAGAGUCCGACGUUUUUGCUGACGAGGUCGCUGUGGUUCCGGCUGACGCAGAAAGCGCAGUUUCAGCGCAUGUCUUCGUGACGGUGCUUGACCACAGAUGCAGCUCUGCCUACAGGAUGCUGGCUUGUGCACGGUCUCUGGUGCCUGCUGGAGCAGCUUUGCACUUGCUUGGCAAGCCACUGCCCAAAGAUCCAGUUUCUGGCAAAGUGGAUCGGCGCACCUUGCUGCGUGGCCUUGUUGGAGAGGCCAGGACGAGGCCUGUCUGGACAGCGCUGCGUACCAGGUUGAAAAUGCAGCCAUUGUGGUUGCUCGCCGUCGCACUGUCGGGUGCGUUGAACCUGAACGCUCUGCUUAGCUGGUUCAUCUGGCGCAAGCCGCCGGGCAGGCCAGGCUUGCGAAGCCUUUUGCAGGCGUGCUUCCAUGUUACCUUCGCACCGUAUCUUUGGCUACUCUCCUUGUACAUCUCACCGCGGACAUGCAGGUCUGUCUUCAAUCUCAUCCCAUUCGGACGGCUUGGGGCGCUGUGUCUUUGGUACCAGCUGAUCCGCAGUGGAGAUGCUCGUUUGCGAUGGAUCUCUGCUUCGGCUUUCGCGGGUUGCACCGGUGCCGGCGUGGGACUGGCCAUCAGGCGUGGACGCUUUCUGCCGUGGUGGUUAACCUUCUGGCUGGCCAUCCCAGAGAUUGCAGAGGCAGAGUGUGGAUGGUGGUUGAAGGGCAGCAACUGGCAGAUGUAUUUUGAUUCGCUGCUUUCCAUAGUUCUGGAAGCGCGGAGCAGGAGCACUGAGAUGUGGGACUCCGUGGUGGAGGUCCUUCUUGCUUUGCCCCAGGCGGCGCGCGAAUGGAAAGAGAGUUUGCAAAAUCGAAGUUUGCCAUACGAGCAGCCGGAAGAGCUUCGAGGCAUUUGCAGCCUCGGUUCAACAUCUGGUUCACAUGAACAACAGCAGGUUCUCGAAGAUUCGAUUGGGAUGGCCCGAGAUCCUGCGGAGCCCUUGGCUCUCGGCCUCAUCGUUCAGGAUUGCGACAUCGAGCAGCCGGGCGAGCAGCCGGGCACCUCGCGAGUGGACACAGGCUCCUCCGAAGAGGCUGCAGGCUCCGAGUUGCCCCAAGAAGGCCUGCCGGCAGCCGAGGCCGCGUCCCCAGCCACCGUCUUGGAUGUGGCGUGCUCUCGCACCGAAGAAGAGGAGCUCCAGCUGUCGGACGGCAAGGAGGUCAGCACAAAAGACCUGGCAACAGCCGAGGCUGUCACUUGCAGUGACUCGGAAAAUGAAGCAUGGACGUGUGUCGACUGCAAGUGUCCUCUACCGUGGGGGUCCGAUUGGCGUCAGGAAGAUACAGUUUUUUAUUGCAAGCCGUGCUUCAAUGACUUUGACAACAGGUGGUGGGAUUUUCACACCCGAGACAUCGUGGACACCGACCCGGCUCAUGAUGAGAGAUGUCAAGACAAGCUGCCCGACUUGGAAGGGGCGUCUGACACCCCAGAUGCGCUCCAAUCCAGAUCCGUGGCGGGGACGGUGCUCAUCCAACUCUUGAAGCCUCUGCUGCAAGGGAAUCUCCACGCCGAUGCUCGCUUGUCGGGGGUUGACUCACUGGCGGUCCUGACCCUUUGCCGUCAACUCCGCAUGGCCAUUCCCCACCUGACGAUACGGCCGCAAGAUGUUUUCCAGUGCAGUACUGUCCAGGAUCUGUUGAGCAUGGUCGAGAAAGAGACGGACUCAACCGAGAUGCAGAAAGAGACGGCACCAGAAGUCGUGGGAGACGUGGGCGUCGGUCGAGCGGUUUGGUUUGCGCCGGGCCAGGUGAAGAGUACUUGCAAAUGGCUUUAUGGCUGCCGUGGUUUGUUGGACGAGCGCUGCUUUAGGCGUGCUGCUGCGCAGCUUGUUGCUCGGCAUGAAGGCUUACGCGCAGAGUUUGAAGAUGGGGCAGGAAUGGAGAUCCUACGCUUCAUGCGCGACGUCGUUCCUCUUCACCUCGUGAUCUGGCAAGAGGUGGAAAAGCUGAAGCUUGAUGGAUUUACCAGGCGCAUGGUGCGGGGCUGCCGGAGGCUCGUCUCGGCGGCUUUCAGAGGCAGUUGGCCUCGAUCUGUAGCUCAACGUGUGACGAAGAGCUUCUUGGAAGACAGGAUCUGGGUGGUGCAUUGCAAAACCUGGCGAGAAGUAGAGCAAGCAUCCCAUCGGCUGCGACAAGAGUGGGAGGCGCCUUUUACCCUGGGGCUCUUCUUGCUCAAAGGGGAUGCGAAGCAGCCAAUCGAGCACGGCAAGUUGCCCGGAGAAGCUGACAACCCAGAGGACUGGGGUGCUCCAAGCAGCUUUCUUCAGUUCGUGGUCUCCCAUGCUUACUCUGACGGCUACAGUGGUGUGCCCUUGGUCCAAGAUUUUGCAUCGCUCUACGCUCAGGAGGAGGAAAUUCUGCUGACUAGCCCGAGUACGCAGCCAGCGACUUCCACGGGCAGGUCGGAGUGGAAUUCUCUUGUCCCCUUGCCUUCUGGUGCUGCCUUUGAGGUGUUGGAGUCGAGGCUGUUUGCGGCGAUGGACUUCCAGCCACCAUGGAGCAAUCCGGAGCAGCUUUCGCUACGGGCAGGCAUUUUUGACGAAUCGCCGAAGCGUCCACCCUGGGUUUACGACCACGAGGUUCUUCUGGAGGGCUCGGCAGUGGAAGCGCUCCAGAGAAAUGCAAAAUCGUACGGGCUGCCCUUUGACGUGGUGUUGCUUUCUGUCGUUUUGGCGGCAAGCUUCAAAGCAACAUGGAGUCAGGAGAAACUCAGGUGUUUCUACAAAGGUGUAUCUUCUCAGGACUUUGAGGCUUCCAAGACUGAGUUGUCCCUUCCACUGACACUCUACGCACCGAUGCGAGAUGGAAACUUGAACGACGCCAUGGUGGGCCUCUUUAGUGAUUGGAGGGAUGUGACAGUUGCCUGCAGCUCGUCAGUUAGCCUGUUGGGCUUUUGUUUGGAUGUUGCGGAUCUCAUCCGCUUCCGCAGGUGGGCAAUGUUCGACCCGGUUCAGAACUCCAACAACAUUUUAGUCAACAUCCUCCCGCUAGACGAGCAGGCACGAGGUCGGCAGCACUUCAAGCAGACCCGAGCCCAUGAGUAUGGUGGCAUGCGCCAGGCAGCCGCCGAUCGCCGCAGGGCCUACAAGGCUCCACACCGCCCAAUGCGGAUAACAUUGGAACAAGAGGCUCCGGAUGCAUGGUGGGUCAACCUGAACAUCAAUGCCGAUCUUUUUUCGACUUCCUGGUGUCGUUCAUUCGUAAAGAACUUGAAGGAGUGUGUGCAGGAUUUGCAGCGCCAACCGCUGCGGCCAGUACUGGUUGCAGGUGCAGGUUGA